CAGAAUUUUAUUUUAGAUGCAGGGCAUACCGGUGUGAACCAGUUAGGUGGUGUAUUCGUCAAUGGACGCCCACUACCGGAUACAACCCGGCAAAAAAUCGUUGAAUUAGCUCAUGGAGGAGCUCGGCCAUGUGAUAUUAGUAGGAUUCUUCAAGUUUCUAAUGGAUGUGUUUCGAAAAUCCUGUGUCGAUAUUACGAAUCCGGUACCAUACGGCCGAGAGCUAUAGGAGGAUCAAAACCUCGGGUGGCUACCAAUAAUGUGGUGGAGAAGAUCGAGGAGUACAAGCGAGAACAACCGAGUAUAUUUGCUUGGGAGAUUCGUGAUAAACUCCUCACGGAUCACAUCUGUUCACAGGAUACAAUACCAAGCGUUUCAUCCAUCAAUCGAGUGCUGCGCAACUUGGCCGCCCGAAAAGAGCAACAAGCCAUGCAAACGGACUUCUACGAUCGUCUACGUUUCGUUGAUCCAAAUCUGGCGUAA